GGAAGCGAUCCUGGGAGGUCAGGGCACCAAGAUGGCGGCGCGCGCAGCGUGUGUGGCUGUCUGCCGGCGCCUGCAGCAGGAAUUGGGGAAUUCAUCUAUAAAUGGUGCUAGGAGCAGUACAAUCAGAACCGGAGGCCUCCUGCUCAGUGCCAGGAUGAAGUGGGUACCAUUGUCAAAUCUGCACAUGGAUGUCCCAAAGGAUCUGGUCCGACCUACGAUAACCACUUCUGAUGAGCCAGACACGUUGUACAAACGCCUGUCCAUUUUAGUGAAAGCCCAUGACAAGGCUGUAUUAGACAGUUAUGAGUAUUUUGCCGUGCUCGCUGCUAAAGAACUUGGCCUUUCUAUUAAAGUACACGAGCCACCCAGGAAAAUAGAGCGCUUCACUCUCCUCAAGUCAGUGCACAUCUUCAAGAAGCACAGAGUCCAGUAUGAGAUGAGGACGCUCUACAGAUGUCUGGAGUUAAAACAUUUGACCGGAUGCACAGCCAAUGUCUACCUGGAAUACAUCCAGCGAAACCUACCUGAAGGGGUGGCCAUGGAAGUGACAAAGACACAGAUACAGCAGUUGCCAGAACACAUCAAGGAGCCAAUGUGGGAAACAGUUUCCCAGGAGAAAGAAGAAACCAAAUCCUAAACCUCGGACAGCGGCUGUUCGGGGACCUGAACUGAGCAGACCUGUGUGUCCCACAGAGAGGCCCCGGCAAGGGGAGCCAGGGCCCCUGCCCUUGCUCUGUUGGGUCCUCAGCAGGGCAGCCAGGUUGGGUCUGGGGAAGCACCACUGUAUCUGUUCUUUAUGCCUGGCUAUGCCUGUGUUCUGAUCUGAACAAACAUUAGCAAACUUCCAUAUGACCCGAAACAAAAUAACCAGAUUUAAACACUGUGUAGCACCACCAACUUCUUGUUAGCUUACGCUAAUUUUAUUUUAUUUUGUUUUUAUUUAUUUAUACAUUCAUUUCUUCAUUUUUAUUUCUGGAACUCAAAGAGAUCUACCUGCCUCCCCCUCCCAGAUGCUAGAUUAAAGCUGUGUCUACCAUGCAUGGCUGGUUUGUGGUAAUUUUAAAUGUUUACUUGUUCAUUCAACAGAAAAAAAUGGUACCUUUCUCACACGCAUUUUUACUCCCUAAACAACCUGUGGUAAAAUGGAUGCUGGGCAGUUUAAAAUGUGGCCUUUGUGCAGCCAGCGUGUGUUGCCUGGAGGUGACAGCUAAUGUCAGCACCCUGCAUACUGCAGUGAGUCUCUGCUCUCAAGCGAUUAGCAGUGUGUGUCCUAUGAUUCAUUCAUUCACCAAGCCUUUAUUCAGUGAACUCUGCCCCAGGACUGUGGUGAGCACCAGUGAUUAAACAGAACCAAUGGCUU